GCGGACGCGGAACCCGCGGCACCGCCAUGGCCUCCAACGAUUACAGCCAGACGGCGACACAAAGUUACGGCGCCUACCCCGCCCCCCCCAGCCAGAGCUACUCGCAGGGUGGGGGGCAGGGCUACUCCCAGCAGAGCUACGGGGGCUACGGGCAGAGCUCGGACACGGGCUACGGCCAGGGGGGCUACAGCUCGUCCUACGGCCAGAGCCAGAGCGGUUACUCAGCUCCUGCAGCUCCUCCCUCCUACGGCUCCGGAGGUUUCGCUUCCAGCCAGAGCUCCCAGAGCAGCUACGGCCAGAAUUCCAAUUAUCCGGGUUAUUCCCAACCCCCCGCCUCCUCCGGUUACGGCGGCGGCUCCGGCGGCUCCGGCUACGGCACGGCCCCGAGCGGGGGAGGGGGCUACGGCCAGCAGCAGAGCGGGGGCUACGGCCAGCAAGGCUACGGCCAGCAGGCCACCUACAGCCCCUCCCCCGGCUACGGCCAGCAGGGCCAGUACGGCUCCGGCUCCGCCAACAGCUACGGGCAGGACGGGGGAUCCCUGAGCUCCGGUGGCUACCAAGAGUCCGGCGGUGGCUACGGAUCCUCGGCGGCCCCGGAACGGAACCGGGGGCGCGGAACCUUCGGAUCCAGGGGAGGAUUCGAGAGAGGAUCCCGAGGGUCCCGAGGGUCUCGAGGGAAUUCCAUGGGCGGUGGUGAGCGUGGUGGAUUCAAUAAAUUCGGUGGACCCCGGGACCAGGGGCCAAGGCACGAUGCAGGUGAGCAGGACAACUCGGACAACAACACGAUCUUCGUGCAGGGGCUGGGAGAGAACGUCACCAUCGAGUCGGUGGCGGAUUACUUCAAACAGAUCGGCAUCAUCAAGACCAACAAGAAGACCGGCCAGCCCAUGAUCAAUCUCUACACCGACCGCGAGACCGGCAAGCUCAAGGGCGAGGCCACCGUGUCCUUCGAUGACCCGCCCUCGGCCAAGGCGGCCAUCGACUGGUUCGACGGGAAAGAAUUUUCUGGAAAUCCCAUCAAGGUUUCCUUCGCCACGCGCCGGGCGGAUUUCAGCCGGGGAGGGGGUGGCCGCGGCCGGGGCCGGGGAGGUCCCAUGGGCCGGGGCGGUUUCGGUUCCGGAGGCUCCGGAGGCCGCGGGGGUUUCACCGGUGGGGGAGGGGCCCAGCAGAGAGCGGGAGACUGGAAAUGCCCAAACCCGGCGUGUGAGAACAUGAACUUCUCGUGGCGGAACGAGUGCAACCAGUGCAAGGCUCCCAAACCUGAGGGGGGGCCCGGGGGGCCUCACCUGGGUGGGGGCGGGUUCGAGGACCGGCGCGGCGGCCGCGGGGGGUUCGACCGCGGGGGUUUCCGCGGCCGCGGCGGCGACCGGGGCGGAUUCCGGGGAGGAAGAGGAGGAGGAGACCGGGGAGGGUUCGGACCCGGCAAGAUGGACAACAGGGGUGACCACCGGCAGGACCGACGGGAGCGGCCGUACUGAGCCCCUCCCCCACCCCCCGUUUUUUAAUCUACCGCCCCUCCCCCACCCUUCCCCAUCUGCCCCUCCCCCAAGCUUUUAACCUUCCCCUCCCCCACUUCCAAUAAAGGAAUUUUUUUGGGGGGGGAAGGAAUUUGUCGGUGGAUUCUGAUUGGAUGGGGGUUGAUUGGGAGGGCUGUGAGCUCAUUAAGGAGUUAAUGAGGCGCUUCCGGUCGCGGGGUUAAUUAAAGAGUCAUUAACGAGCUCGUUAGGUGGUGACGUCAUAAUAAGGGGGGGUGAGGUCACUUUAAGGGUGGUGGGCGGG